GGAGGAAGGAGCUUAGCGAAUAAGUAGAUUUGCCCAAAAGAUGAAGUACCUAUUUAUUUGGAAAGCACUACUUUAUGGUGUGGUCCUCUUCAACAGAGGAUUUCACCAGUGUCAAAAACGAGAACGCUCGCCAAUAAGAAUAACAUGAGAUGACAUGAUAGCUAUGAAUGAUGAAAGCAAGAUGAACACAGAAAACGUAGUAGUGCCAAGCUUCUUGUUGAUGGAUACUCGUGUAAGCUCGAAAGCCACAGCGUCAAAGUCAAGAAUGUAACAAUUUUCAUGUCCACCCUGGUGCUACCCCUGCGAUCCUCGUAGACAUUCUUUGUGUGCGUUGUGGCACGGUCCGUCGCGGCUGACCGAUCGCGUGACGAAAUCGCCGAUGUUGAGCAGGAAUCUCCGUAGAUUCUAGAAGUGAAGCGACUCUAAUACAUAGAUACUACAACUUAGCGAUAGCGCUGGCACCACAUCACACGACUCGACACAACUACUUUUCCUCCUCUCGAGAUAGAAGGACAGCAGAAGUUUUCCAUGCUCCCCGCAAACCUUCGAACUCGGUGGCGAGCCGUGCCCUCCUCUCAAAAAUCACAGCGAAGAACCUCCGUCUAGUCCACCUCCUUCAUCCUUCCUUCGACGACCAACUAGUAGUAAAAUGAUCGACUCUUUAUUCGUGAUUUCUUCUGCGGGCAGUUUUGUAGUUGAAAAACACUACCAGAAAUCUGUACCGCGCUCAACGUGUGAGCCUUUUCUCGACUACCUUGAAAAAAUACGGAACAACCAUCGUGGCGAUAAGAGCAGUCUCGUUUCAGCGAAUGUUAUGAUAUAUAUCUGUUAGAUAGUACUAAACUAGUUGUAGUAGUUACUAGUACUAGUAGUCGGAAGUUCAUCUACCAUUGACAUCAUUUUUUAGCUCUCGUGAAGCUCUUUCUGAGAUAGCCGUGGUGCUUAAAAGAAGAACUGCAUCCAAGCCAGGCGCACUUUCACAAAUAAUAUUUCGAAUUGGUAGUUCUAUUCUAAUCCACGAGGUAUUCGAGCAGCUGGUCCAGGGGGAAGACCUGGCAGUCCAUCAAGGCGAAGACGGAGAGUGAACGCGAAAACAGAAAGCCGGAUUGUAUCAUACUAAAAACUAGGAUGUUGAUAUGUACUAGUGACGUGGCGGCCCCGGCCUCGUUCUUUCAUCUUGUUGUACGUCCCAAAUUCAGCAGCUACUGCUACCUAAGCUAGGUAUCUAUACAAGAUCCAACUGCAACCUGAUGAACCUUCAGGUUCAUGUAUCGCACUCAUUUAAGCUAUACAACAAGAUCCAACCUGAACCUCCUUACAGUAUCAUAUGUAUCGCACUCAUCCUUAAUAAGUACUUACAGGUUGUAUCGCACUCAUCCUUCAUACUUUCAGGUAGGAAAUCUGCACCAGAUACCGAAAAUCAUCCGAGCCGACAACGAUAGCACCGCAUUGAUUCACAUUUGCCGUGACCGGCUGAUAUAUCUUGCGGUGGUGACGAAGGAAGUUCCGCCACUGUACUUCUUUCGAUUGCAUAUUUUCAUUGAGUGUUGAGAGAGCUAGCCGUGGUCUCUCUUGGUCAACCUGCUCAUGAAGGUCCUGAUCUAAAAACUUUGUGGCUACAACUCUUUAUACAUACAUUAUCGUUCUUCUAUGGAGGGCUAGCUGUUUUCUUGUAUUUUCAUUUUGUGUCAGCGUCAAGCUGCAUAGUCUCUGCUUUAACUACAACUCUUGCGAUAGUCCGUUAGGAAUAUUCAUGAUCUUUUCACAAUAAGACUAAGUAGUCCCUUGAAUAUCACAGGUCAGUGAUCGAGCUUCUUUCUGGCGUUCACCGAGUCUUAUCUCGAUAUUGUCAUGCGGCGAGCGGAGAGGCAACCUUAACGGACGAUCUGCUGCGGCAGAAUUUUUCCACCGUCUAUCUGUUGCUUGAUUUAUGGAAAGAAGGAAUAAGAAUAAGAAAUGAGAAGUACUGCGCUUCUGCUCAUCUUCAUACCUCCUAGAUCUUAAAGACGACUCCAUGUUGAGCUUGAGUAGUCAUUCUCCCGUAUUUUAGCCCUCUCCUCUUGCUUCAUACCUUGAGAUGAUCGAUUCUUCUGGGGCACCUUUUACACUGGAGCUGAACGCUUUGGAGUCCAUAAUUGAUCCGCCUUCAACGCUGAAAAAGGUCACGCAGGUGGUGGCUGGUGGGAAACCCAAUCUCGUUAGAAACGACACUGCAGCACCACAAGCUUCGCAACCUAGUACUGAAGAUUAUAACUCAAAAAUGACACCAGUGAAGAUUGUGUUUGUGACUAUACAACAGUGACUGUGAUUGUGUUUGUGACUGAUCAUCAACGACUAUGUCCCAUGAGCUGAGCUGAGGAAGCAUUCUCAUUCCUUAACUGAGGUUGUUGUCUUGACUAAGUAAAAGACAACACGAUCGACACCAGAUGCGUCAAAUUCCGGUUCUCUGAUCGAAGACACGUGGAAUACACUUUCGAGUACACUUGGCGCAGCGCUUGGGAAUACUCCGACAAGAAUAGGCGGGCCAAGUGAUGAAGUUUGUUAUGAGAAGGGUGGCGGCAAAGGGCCGAUACUGACUUUUUCAUCUUGGAUCGUGUGCUAGUUUUAAGUGUGAGUAAGUUGGACUAUGGUACUAGUUCUGGGUCACUCGUGAAAAAUCUAAACUUACUACAAUCGUCCAUCAUCUAGACUGAUCGUGUUCCACCCCGCUACCUAGCACAAGAAUGAGCAUACCUUCUAAUCUCUGUGGCGCAAAGCAGAUGCUGUUUACAACACGAAUGAGGUGUAUAUCGACACGUGCGAACGAGCUGAUAUGAUUCUCGACGAGAAUGGGCACAUAGUCUCAGGCGGAAUCUUGGGCGAAAUGCUAGCUACCACGAAACUGAGCGGUGCGCAGCCAGAGAUCUCAAUUUCUUUGCGCGAUGCCUCGAUAUUGCAGAAUGCGAGUUUUCAUUAUGGUACAAGUAAGCUUUUUACUAAAAAAGGCAGUAUUUAUUGUCUCGUGUACUUACAAGUAAGCUUUUUAGGCAGUGUUUGUCUCGUGUACUUACGAGUAAGCUUUUUAGGCAGUGCUUGUCAUCUCUUCAUCAGAUGAGGACUUACAGGAUCCGAAAAAUGUAUGGUCUCUAAUCCUUCCCCUGCGUCCGGCUGGCGAAAUUCGAUAGGGAUCGCGUUUUGAGUUUCAUCCCUCCAGACGGCCAAUUCCCACUAGCGAAUUACUGGAUAAACGACACGUCUCUGAAACUGCCUUUCCAUUUCAAGGGAACGCUGGCGUACUACUUUCUUGUUGUGAUUUUGAUUUAUUCCUUGACUUGUGGGACAGGGAGGUAUGAAGCGAAAAAGUGCACUCACACUCAAGAAAUUGGCUAGGAUUUAAGUAGGAAAAUAGCCACUUUUUCUGAGUGUGAGUGCACUUUUUUCUUUCAUCGGAGGAGGACCAUAUUUAUACGACCGUCGAAGUCAAACACAACAUCACUUUUCCUUCUACAAUGGUGCUCAUGCUUCUAGAUGAUUUGAAGCGAAUCACAAUCUUCCAUCUAGAUGAUUUGAAGCGAAUCACUAUCUAGAUGAUUUGAAGCCAAUUUCUAUUUCCUUUCUCUCCAGGUACCAUUCCGACCGUGGGCUCUUGGACCUUGAGGUUUGUCCUCGACUGUCCAUCACGAGAACUAAUAAAGUGGCUGUAGAGAAUUUCAAGGUCGAAAUCCGCGUGCCGGAAGCAAUUUCAGGAGUCCACUUCGAUUCUGUUGGCAGGUUUGACGAAAAGUCGAAGCUUCUGCAGUUUGACAUCGGCAACUUGGAGUCCAAGCUCAGCAUCAAAGCGAUGCUGCGCUAUAACACGAAUUUAUGAAAAAUUACUCUGAUAGAUAAGUAGGAAUGGUGCAUUCCUCCACCACCGAUGGUGGAACAGCAACAACAGCAAACGAUGUCGACUAACAAAGAGCACAGAGGAGCUUACUCAAUAAUAACCAUUGUACUUGUAGUAAGAUAAACCAUCAUAGCGAAUCGAGGACUAACAUCAUCAACAGUAAGAAAUACCAAAAGAACUACAAUUUCAUCUUUCCCCUUUCAUUCCGUCCGAAAACCAAUGAAGCGGACGUGCCCUGGGAAGAGAAAGGUGUCGCAAGGAUAGACUACACAGUCCGUGGCUGGGCCCUUUCCGGCAUCCGCUUAGACAGCCUGGAUUUGCUUGGUGUCAGCUAUACGCCUUACAAGGCUUGCCGCUACUCAAGCCACGGAGGAAGGCUGGAAAUGCGAUUGGCUAGCAGUGGAUAGAUGAUUAGAUUGUUGGGUCUACUUCUAUGGUGGAAUGGAGCGCUCUAGGGAAUUUUUUGACUUGAUAAGUAGAAAGGUGGACUUCUUGAUGAGUAGUAUCAAUAGUACCGUCAUAUUACCACUUCAAAAUGCUGUGAGAAGUUGAGGCACUGGUACAGGUAGAAGGACCAUCAGGAACUCAAAGCGUACUUUUGAUACACUUCUCUCUCCUGUUUUUACAUCGUUGUCUUCGAGUUACCUACACCAUUUACAGAAGAUGUGCGAACAUGACAACUGAAGAAAUAUUAAGGCCUCCAAGAGAAUCUGACUGAAACCUUGAAGACGAUAUUGUUAUUGACGAGCGAAACCGUUGUCACUGAAGAAGAUGCAGCAAGGAGGACUAGAUAAUUGAUAGUCGCCCUACGAAACUUGAAAGGCAAAGGUCCAGCAUCAUGAUGUUAGAAGACGUUUAAUGGACCUGUACUAGAGAGAAUUGAAAAGAGAAAGCCGAUGAAAUAUGACCAGAAGAGAGACUGCAGAAAAAAGCAUGGGCUGACGUGUAAAAGGAGAGCUCGGAAAAGUCGACGGGUGAUCAUCCUCGAGAAAGAAUGCCUCACAAUGUCGUGUUUUUCAUCCAUCGUUAUCGUGCGUCCGUUAAUCUAAUGAAUUUGCAACAUUUCGUUUUCGUUCACAUCAAAGAAUCGAUGUUGA